AUGAUUUAAACGUAAUAUCUAUCUAUAUUCAUACAUAAUAAAUGGAGCACGAAAUUUUGGGGUUAAGUAUAGCACUUUUGCUAUGGGUUGCAUGGGCCAUGAGGAUAGAGCGGCGCCACCGCCGCUUGGAAGAGCUAGGCCGACUUCCACCAGGACCAACAUGGUGGCCGGUGGUCGGUAAUAUUUUCCAAUUAGGGUUGGCGCCGCCGCAUGUUUCAUUUGCCAAGUUGGCUCGUCGACAUGGACCCAUCAUGACCCUGUGGUUAGGCUCGAUGAGCACCGUGGUCGUCUCGUCCAACGAGGUGGCUCGCGAGAUGUUCAAGAACCACGACGUGGUGCUGGCUGGCCGGAAGAUCUACGAGGCCAUGAAAGGUGAUUUUGGCCACGAAGGCUCCCUCAUAACGUCCCAGUACGGCCCGCACUGGCGGAUGCUGAGAAGACUCUGCACGACGGAGUUCUUCGUGACCAGCCGUCUCGACGCCAUGCGGGGAGUCCGGAGACGGUGCAUCGACCGGAUGUUGCAUUUCGUAGAAGAAGCCGGCGCGAACGGGACGAAUCCAAUCGACGUCGGGAGAUUCGUGUUCCUGAUGGCGUUUAACCUGAUCGGAAACCUCAUGUUCUCCAAAGAUUUGUUGGACCAUAAAUCGGAGAAAGGUGCUAGGUUCUUCUAUCACGCCGGGAAAGUGAUGGAGUUGGCCGGUAAACCGAAUGUUGCAGAUUUUUUACCCGUUUUAAAAUGGGUCGACCCGCAAGGUAUAAGGAGGAAAACCCAAUUCCAUGUUAGAAAAGCUUUUGAAAUUGCCGGAGGAUUCAUUAAAGAAAGGAUGGAAAGCAGUGGAAAUGGAGAAGAUGAAGGAAGAAGAAAGGACUUUUUGGAUGUUCUUUUGGAGUUUCGUGGUGAUGGCAUAGAGGAGCCUUCUAAGUUUUCUGCUCGAACCAUCAAUGUCAUCGUCUUCGAGAUGUUCACCGCCGGAACCGAUACUACAACAAGCACGUUAGAGUGGGCGAUGGCGGAGCUUCUCCACAACCCAAGGACACUAAAAGCCGUCCAAACUGAAUUGAGAGACAAUCUAGGCCCCCAUGGGAGGAAACUUGAAGAACAAGACAUCCAAAACCUACCUUAUCUCAAAGCAGUGAUCAAAGAAACCCUAAGACUUCACCCACCACUCCCUUUCUUAGUCCCUCACAUGGCAAUGGACUCUUGCAAGAUGUUAGGUUACCAAAUCCCCAAGGAAACCCAAGUUUUGGUCAAUGUUUGGGCUAUCGGACGAGAUCCGAAAACGUGGGAGAACCCUUUAGAGUUCCGACCCGAGCGAUUCUUGGAGUCGAGUACACUGGAUUAUAAGGGUCAGCAUUUCGAGUUCAUACCAUUCGGAUCCGGUCGUCGGAUGUGUCCCGCGGUGCCGCUUGCGUCUCGAUUGCUUCCGAUGGCGCUCGGCUCGUUGUUGCAUUGCUUUGAUUGGAGUUUAGCCGAAGGGAUUAAGCCCGAAGAUAUGGAUAUGAAUGAGAGAAUGGGGAUAACAUUGAGGAAAUCCAUUCCCUUGAAGGCCUUACCAAUACCUUACAAGAGCCCUUAAACACCCCUCGCAUACGGAUUUCAGACGUUCAAAAUCCAACCUUUUAA